GUACUCCAUGGAAAAUUUUAUUGACAAUCUGUCAAAAAAAUGUCGCAGCAAGUGGAUCUUUCCCUUGAAGAACAAAAAAUCUUGGCAGAAAAGACCCAAAGGAGGGCUGCUUUGAGAAAUGAAUACUUGAAACUUAAGUCCGACCCCUUCAGACAUGCCACGGGUGAAGGGGGUGCCGUGUUUGACUCCGCCAUUCAAAGGUAUUCGGCCAUGAAAGUAAACGGUUUUGAUUAUUUUAAACCGAGUAUAAAAAAUGGUUUACAAGGGCUUUUUUUGCUGGUUAUCCCAAUGGGCGGUUUUGGAUAUUUGGUGUACAAAAGUAGGGCUGAACAAGAAGCAAGAUUUAGAAACGGAGAGGUUGCCUAUAAAGAUCGCAGAUUUAAAUUAAUUUAAAUUAUUUCAUACUAUGGUAGUUAAUAAAUGUUGUUUAUUUUAA